AGGACACGCUUACAUCAAUCUGGCAACACAGACCUCGCGCUCCUCGGAGCUCUGCACGAGCGUGUGGGAAUAAACGAAAAUAACCGUCACUUUAACUACAAGCCUGGAAACAUUAAUAGUUUAAGACUGGAUUUGUUCAAGACAAAAGAGAUAUUGUUCGAUGCCUCAUAAGGAGACAGAGGCCAUGGAUGUCCAGCAGAAUGGCGGAAAGGAUCGAACCCACAGGAACCAUCUGAUCCGGCCUGAGAGCAGAGUGGAGGUACAAGACAUCACACAACAGCCAGAUCCUCUUCCAGCAAGGCUUCCAUGUGCCAAUGGAAUAGGUUACGAGGGAAGUGAUGACUCUUUAACAGACAUCGUAAUCACGAAUGAAGAUGCUUUACUGCUUCCCGACCAUGUGCCAGCGAUCGUGCACAAACUCGACAAAGAGACUCCCAGCCCCCUCAAUGGUCUUUCUUCUCCAGACACUGGGUCUAAUCGAUCUCCACCUGUCUGCACACCACCCUCCCCAUCUAAAGGUCAAAGGGCACCUGAUCCUGCACACAAACCCCACAAACCCCACAGAAAGCGUCCUCCCUCCACCUCCAAAAGCCAACAGAGUUUAAAAACAAGCAGCGGUCAGAUCCAGGACGUUGCCGGUGAUGACUGCUGCGUGCACUGUGUCCUAGCCUGUCUGUUCUGUGAGCUGCUGCCCAUGUGCUCAGCCGUGGCUCAGUGUUUGGCCUGCGGAAUGGAGUGCGAUGCACUGUGCUGCUGUGGCGAGGUGUGCGGAGGCCUGGCGUGUUGCACCGGUGACCCCUGCGCCGCUGUAAUGGACUGUGCCAUCCUAGAGGACUGCUGCCAAUCCUCAGACUGCCUAGAGAUCUGUCUAGAGUGCUGCUCUAUCUGCUUCCCUACUUAGACAGCAAAUAGCCAACGAGGAGGAUGUUAGUACAAUUACAGAGAUGAUCUGGAAUGUGACCUCACACCAGUGUGUUGCGGAAAGGUUUGUUGUUAUGGAGGUUGCAUGACUUAUUUAUUCUGUAGGCUGGUGGCUGAGAUCAAGGUGUGAUUGCUAUGUGCUACAGUAAAUGAGUCUGUGUGUGAACAUAAAUCUCAUACGCAUAUAUACACACACACACAUAAUGCAAAGAUGCUUAUAAUGAUGUCAUGAAGUGAAGAAGAGGUAUAAGAACAUGUGAACAAGAGGCCUUACUGUAUUUAUGGACUUCGUAUUCGUCUGCAUGGCCACUACCGGCUCGUCAUCGAUGUUCCUAGCUUUAAACCGUGCCUUUUUAUUUUCAUAUUUUUGGCAGAUCAGCUUACGUAGAGCAUAAUUGCACUUGUACUUACACACAACAGAGCACAAUGCAUUCUGGAGCUGAUUCAGCAGAGUCUGUUUAGCGAAAUAUCUUUUAUUUGAGUUUGAGUAAAAUAUCCGAGGGGUUUAAAAAUUAAUCACACUCCAAAACAGGAAGGAUCUCGACAAAUACCAAAUAUUUGUAUAAUACUAUUGGUCUUUUAUUAUUAACACAGGUCACAUUCUAAGAACUGUUGAUUUUGUGUAAUGAUAUCUACACACUAAGUAAUCUGUCUGAGCAAUGAAUUAGCUCGUGAUUAACUUAUGAUUUAAUGUGACUGUAUUUUUUAUUGUGCGUAAGAAGUAAAGAGGCUUUUGUUUUCAUAA